UUUGACAGUUCUUUUUUGUAUAAAAUCAAAAAAUAUGGCUGCUCGUGCGGGUGUUUCGAGGCGUGCGCCUGAAAAUGAGCCAACUAUUGCUUACGUGCAAGCCGAUGGUCUCGCCGUUAUGAAAAUAGUUAAACACUGUCAUGAAGAAUCGACUACGAAUAUGGACAUUGCCCAAGGGGCUCUGCUUGGUUUGGUGGUUGAUAACCGUUUGGAAAUUACAAAUUGCUUUCCUUUCCCAAAACCAUCAGAUGAGACAAUGGAUGAAGAUGAAUACCAAUUAUCCAUGAUGCGCAGAUUAAGAAGAGUAAAUGUGGAUCAUUUUCAUGUUGGUUGGUACCAAAGUGCAGAUGUUGGCAACUUUUUGAGCUUACCAUUGCUUGAAUCGCAAUUCCAUUAUCAAACAUCCAUUGAGGAAUCAGUUGUGGUGAUUUACGACACACAAAAGUCUUCCAGAGGAUUCUUGACUCUGAAAGCUUAUAGAUUGACACCACAAGCCAUUGAAAUGUAUAAGGAGGGUGAAUUCACCCCAGAAGCUUUGGUAAAACUAAAAGUUGGUUUUGAAAACUUGUUUACUGAAGUUCCAUUCUGCAUCAAGAACUCCCCCUUGACCAACAUUAUGAUGUCGGAAUUGGCAGACAUUGUGCCAGAAGAAGAGGGUUCCAAAUUCUUGGAUUUGGGUACUGCUUCAGUGUUGGAGGGUCAACUACGUUGUUUAAUGGACCAUGUUGAUGAACUUAACCAAGAAGCCAUCAAGUUCAACAGGUACCAACAGUUGGUCAGCAGGCAGCAACAGGAUAAACACAGGUACUUGCAAAAAAGAACCCAAGAGAAUGCCGCCAGGGCUGCUAAAGACGAACCUGCACUUCCUGAAGAGGACAUAAACAAACUGUUCAGGCCCCACCCUGUGCCCCCAAGGUUGAACCCCAUGAUUUUCGCUGGACAAAUUAACACUUACAGCCAGGCUAUUUCUCAGUUUUGUUCGCAAUCUUUGGCCAAGUUGUACAUUACACAGGCUCUCCAGAAUGCUAAGGAAUCCAAAGCUAAUCCUUAAAUGUAUUUUAAUUUUAAGCAAUUCAUAAUAAAAUUAUUAAUACUAUUAGUUUUUACUUAAAAAAUUCCACUACAUUGUUGUUUAAUUAAUGGAUAUUUUUUUUUAAUUCGAAAAGGAUUAAAAUAAAUGUAUAAAUAAA